AUGGACCCCAUCUCGAUCCUAGGAUCACUCUACUCUAUCUCCACAAUCAUCCUCAACUUCAUUGCCUCUCAUGCCGAACUCUCGGAGUCCGUCACCACUCUCCGACCCACCAUCCAGCGAAUCAGCACUAUUGUCCUGCAGCUCCAGAACCAAGGGGUCCAUCAUAAAUGGGAAGGAAGUGUAGUGGAGGCGUUCCGAGGGUUGGCAGAGGCACUCGCCAAGACGAGAGAGCAUCUAGUGCAGCUUGAGGGUGGGUUGGAAGCUGGAAAACGAAAGGGGGCGGCAGCUCUUGGUCAGGGAGGAGGGAAAGUCAUGAUCAAGAAGGUCGUCAAUUUUCUCCGACCUGCCGACGUGGUCAAGACACUGCAGAAAGACGAGCGACAAUUGACGAAUCAGCUCGUUCUCGUGCUGUUUGCGAUAACGGCCCAGAGUUUCUUUGACAAGAAGGACACAUCGGGGAGAGGCGAGGCUGGGGUGAGAGCGAUGGAGGAAGACGUUGUACUCUCUGGCGUGGGGAACCAGGAGAUAAGGGAAUUCUGGAGGAAUUACGUGGGCGCCAAGGUUGUCUGCGUCCCCGCAUCCGCAUUCAUCGUCUCUCUAAAGACAUGGUACGCCUCUGGCCUGCCGGAGAGCACCUGUCAGCACCUUCUGCUCAGAUUGGACGAGUACGCGGUCGGGGGAAUCACUCCCAGCAGUUUGGAGGGGCUAGCGGGAGAUCAGAGCUUGAGGGAAGUCAUCGACGGAUUCAAGCGUCUGAACGAGGAGAAGAUGUCGCUAGACAUUAAGAAACCGCUCCCAGCACCCAGCGACAGGAGCCCUCGACGGGCGAUCGGCAGUCCGUUACCGCCUUACUCAGAAUACCCCGAUAUGCCUCUCAUCGUAUGGGUCGACGACAACCCGCAAAACAACACACUUGAAGUGCGUUUCGCACGAUCGCUCGGCAUCACCGUUGUGGAGCUCACUUCUACUGCGCUGGCGAAGGCGUGGUUCGAGGCCAAUGAAGAGUACAUCAGAAUGAACGACACCCCAGCGCGAAUCCGCGUCAUCUCCGACAACGCACGCUACGAGUCCUCCGUCCCCCUCCCGGUGCCCGCGGGCUGGGCAGAGCAACGCAACAGCACGGGCAACUUGCAGUAUCUCAACCUCUCUGCUGGGGAGCAGAUCCUGCGGUACCUCCGCGGCAGGCAGUAUAGGAUGCCUGUACUUGUAUAUUGCGGCUACAGCAUCCCUUCGACAGACUACGUGCUCCGUUACGAGGCCGCAGGAAGCACUAACGCCAGUACGGUCGUGAAGAACUACUGUCGAGAAUUGGCAUGUGGAAAUACGGAAGAUGGGAAAUGGAAGAAAUUCCGUGCUGAGUAGGUGACGUUUCAUCUCGCGUUGGUACUGCAGCUUGUGUCUAUCGCAUGUUUGGAUAACGGCUGUCCGGGUGUAUUGUGGUGUAGUUGUAGUUAUCACUUCUCACCUUGCAGCUCUUGACAACGUGCGUACAUGACGAAAUAAUCAUUCGC